GUAAUACAAAAGAAUCUGCUAGUCAUCUCGCGUGUUCCUUCUUGAUUCAAUAAUUGUAUAUUAUCUAAGUCAAUUAUGUCACGUAAGUGUACCAUUGAUAGUUGCGAAGAUAAAUGAUGAACAUUUCCACUUCUCUUUCGCUUGUCAGUCCAGCACUGGCAACUGAUGUACGUAUACAAUAACAAGAUAAUUUUCCAAAUAGAAGGAGUUUAAAGUUUCUAGCGUGAAUACAUAGAAGUGUAAAAUUUGAAAACAGUGGUGAAAAAUGGGAUCCAAGCAAGAAAUUACGCAGCCGCUGAAUUUCGUAAUCGAUAACAAUGUGCUCAAGGGUGCAGUGAAAAAUAUUAACGUACAAACCAAGACUAUCGGGAAAUCUUUGCUGAAAAUAUUCAGCGAUAAUCCCAAUCAUGUUGGACAGAUCGAGGCAGAAACUGGAAAACAAACGAGAUACUCUGAGAUGCGGGAAAAUAGCAUCCGAUGCGCCCAGUGGUUGCAAAAACAGGGCAUCAACCAUGAGGACGUUGUGACCAUUUGCACACCAAACCAAUUGGACGCUUACAUUCCGUGCAUAGCCACUUUUUUGGUCGGAGCGGUAUAUAAUCCCUGGCAUCACGAAACUACGUUACCAAUGGCCAGGCAUCUUAUAAAUUUGACGAGACCAAAGUUUAUCUUUGCUUGUGAAAAUUCAAUCAAAAUAUUGAAAGAAGCUGCGAUCCUUGAACGCUUACACGAUGUUCACUUCGUUGUUUUUGGCAAAUAUGUAAAUUUCGUGUCUCUUCGCGAUAUAAUGCGCCUACAAAGUAAUAAAGAGGUCCUCGAGUUUGAACCUCGGCUCAUUGAGAAUCCAGAUACGCCGGCGAUGAUUUUAUUUUCUUCGGGAACGACAGGAAUGCCCAAAGGAGUAACGCAUUCGUAUCAAACGCUCUUCACUAACUUGGAAAAUUUCAAAUUGUUGUCUAUUAAGAAUUGCGUUUCGCUGUGGUACUCGUCGCUCUACUGGAUAAGCGGCACUUUGUGCAUGCUUCAAACCAUUUUGGCCUGUGCGACUCGUGUUGUUCAUGCCAAUUUCGAUCCUGAAGAAACGUGCAAAGUUAUUGAAAAGUAUAAUGUCAAUUGGUUUUUCAUUCCACCGAGUUUGAUUACUUACUGGUGCAAAUCUAAUGUUCUGUCCAAAUAUAAAAUGCAGUCACUGAAAUCACUUAUGACAGGUGGCGCAAAAUUGAGCAAAGAAAUUAUUGUAUCGUUGAAAAGAGAUCUUCAGCCUCACGUACAAUUCAGUCAGGGAUAUGGCAUGACAGAAAUUGGUGGAAUCGCAUCGAUUCAAUCGCAAAGUUGCCAAAGUAUCGAAUCAGUCGGCUUCGUAGCUCCAAAUAUGCAAAUAAAAAUUAUUGACAUCGAUACCGCAGAGAUAUUGGGCCCUAAUCAACAAGGUGAAUUAUGCAUAAAAACACCAACGGUGAUGAUCGGAUAUUAUAAAAAUGCAGCAGCAACUAAAGAAGCCAUCGAUGAACAAGGUUGGAUACAUACAGGUGACAAAGCUUAUUUUUCUAACUUAGGAGAAAUAUUUAUUGUUGACCGAUUAAAAGAAGUAAUGAAGUUCCGAGGACACCAUGUGUCUCCCUCUGAAAUCGAACAAGUAUUAAAUGCUCAUGACGGUGUUAUUGAAGCGGCCGUAGUUCCAGUGCCACAUGAAUUGGAUUUAGAAAGACCAAUGGCUUUUGUCAAGAAAGUUCCUGGAUCAAAAGUCACUGAAGAGGAGCUCAUUCAAUUAAGCUCUACUUUAGGUGAAACAAAAAAAUUAUGGGGAGGUGUUGUAUUUGUUGAUGAAUUACCUUAUACGGCCUCAGGAAAAUUGAGCCGGAAAGAUCUUAAAGAAAUGGCGAAACGAUGCAUUGUCAAUUAAAUUUUCAGUAUGCAAUUUAUUUAAUAGUUUAAUUUACGUCAAUAUGUACAUUCAUCAUCUCUAGUCAUUGCAUAACGAAAUUCGAAGUACCAAAAUUCAUUUUAUAAUUUAUUAAAAUUGACUUUCAAUCUCAUUAGAUAUUGUACAAUUAAUAUACAUUCAAAUUUUGACUAGUUUAUUUAUAUAAAUUUCUUAAAUAAAGACAUUAGCCUACGUGCUUAAACAAUAAA